UAUUUGUUCUAAUAGCGAUAACGAUUUGUUACCACUGCAAAAAAUGAAUUUUAAAAGUAAAGUCGUUGUCAUAACGGGAGCUGCCUCUGGUAUAGGAAAGGAAAUUGCUAUUAAGUUUGCUAAAUUAUCUUCUAAUUUAUCAUUACUAGAUAUCGACUUAGAAAAUUUGAAGUCAGUCGCAGAAGAGUGUCGUAAUUUGAGUGAAUCUAAAGUAUUUCCAUUGGUUGCAGAUUUAGGAAAGAGUGAUAAUGUGAAAACUGUCGUUGAUUUAAUAAAACAAGAGUUUGGGAAGAUUGAUGUACUUGUGAAUAGUGCUGGCAUUGCUCGUAUCGGUGAUAUAAAAUGUGCUGAUUUAUUGAAGGACGUUGACAAUGUCCUUAAUAUUAAUCUGAUUUCUGGUAUAACUCUUACACAUUAUGCUGCAGAGGCUUUAAUAGAAAGCAAAGGAUGUAUUAUUAAUAUAGCAAGUAUAAUGGCAGCGAAAGCAGGUAUAGGUUCACUAGCGUACAAUGUAUCGAAGGCUGCAGUGUUACAAUUUACAAAAUGUGUGGCCUUGGAGCUGGCUGAUAGCGGAGUUCGUGUGAAUUGUAUAUCCCCAGGAUCAGUGAAGACUAAUGUUUUGAAUAAUGUGCUACCACCUUCGGAAGACUUUAAUAAGUUUUGGGAUGAUUUAAUUGAGGACCAUCCAAUGCGGCAGUUAACUACAACCGAAGAUAUCGCACACAUGGCAGUGUUUUUGGCAAGUGACAAAGCAAAAAGCAUCACUGGCUGUGAUUAUAUUGUAGAUUCCGGAAAAACAUUAACCAGAUUUGACCAUAAAUAUUAAUUUAACUUGUUUCAGUAACUUAUAACUGCUACCUUAAUUUUGAAACAGUUUCUAAUUCGCAUUAAUAACUGUUUUUUGUUAUACAAACAAAUUAAAUUUAUACUUCUCCUUGUAAUAAAAAGAAGUAAAUAAAGACAUUGUGAUACAUAUAUAUUUCGUAACCUUUAAAUGUUUUAUUCACCCAAACACAUAUGUUUCUUAACUCCCUUGAAGUAAUUCGCAAAACAUAAUAUAUCCAGGAUAGAAGGCAGUUUCUUAGCUGAAAUAAGCCUAGAGUAUGUUAAACAUUCACAAGAGUUUAGAUGACACAAAGCAGAAAAGGAGCUCAGUAUUAUAUAUCAUGAAUUUUGAGGUAUUGCAAAAAAAAAAAAAGGAUACAUGUUGUUGCGGUGUAACAAUUAACCCAACUAAUAGAAAUAAAAAAUUCUAUAAUGUUUUUUUAAUGUAGAAAAUAUUAAUUUACUAUUGAUUUAACAAAAAUAAGCCAUUUUUUCUUUGUUAUAUCCUGUGGCGUGUUAAAUUAUGUUCAAAUUAAACCCCAAAAAUGAUCCUUUUAAAAUAUUCUUUCUAAUUUUAAUUGUUUGCUUGUUAAAUUUUUUUCUGUUUGCGUAGUAUGAAACCUAGUUAGUUUGAAUUUCUUUAUAUAUAUAUGUAUAUAAUUAUCGAGUGAAGCGUCUGUACUAGCGAAUCAGGUCAUUCUUUCACGGAAAUGAUCUUGGCAGCUGAAUGUCCUAUCGAGUCGAGCUGAAUGUCCUAUCCUUAAUAUUUUUGAUAUAAAAUGUAAGACAUAAAAACAAACAAACUUUUAAAUUAUUCAGUCAAAUCCUUGUUAGC